GUCUAUCAGCCCAUGACACCCGUAGAGCAGCUUCCCAGCACUGAAAUACCUGUUCGCCCUCGGGAGUCGACAAACACCAUCCAGAUCUCCGUUUCGCUCACUGAACACUUUUUGAAGUUUGCGCCCGUCUUCCAGCCCCCUCUGCCCCCCGACUCCCCGCAGUUCUGCACAAUCGCAGACCUCUUCAUUGACAAUUACCGCGUGAAAUGCAUCAAUGGGAAGAUGUGCUACGUGCAGAGGCAGCCUCCCCCCGUGCCCCACAAGAUAAAGCCCGAGGAAGUCCCGGUUCGCAAUGCCUUAAUCACAAAAGAGAGCAAUACGCCAAAAACAGAUCACUGCUCGUCCCCUUCCAGUUCUGAGGACUCCGGGAUCAAUGCAGUGGGGGUUCACUACAUGGAGUCGUGUGACGAGGACACGGAGGGGGUGGCCGAGCUAAGUUCAGAAGAAGAUUACAGCCCGGAUAGCAGCUGGGAACCAGAUGAAUGCCCGCUCUUGUCACCCUCGCAGUGCGAAAUGGAAGUGAUCGAGACUAUAGAAACCACUGUGUAAUCCGACAAGUUGGUAUCAGAUCAGUCCAGUUCCCACUCAGUAAUGUUGCUUUUGUAGUAUUUAUAUUUUCCGUUUUUUCUGACAAUCCCUUUUUUCCAGUGCACUUGAUAUUUCAGAUUCCUCAUGGGAGCGCGGUCACAGGACUUGCAUAUUGGUGAACUAGCAGCAGCCUGAGCAAUUUUAACAUGUUCUCAGCCUGAUCAGAUCUCUCACGUCUGCACGUAAGGUAGUGAUAAAUCUUAAGACUUUU